UGAACCUGAAAUUCAUGGGGACAUGGCUUAGUUCCUUAUCUACUAGCCUACUGUUCAGCCUAAUCAGCAAGUAGCAACGAAGACUGAAACUGCAGCAAUGGUAAAAGUACAAAACUGGGGAGUUCUACGCGGGAUGUUUUUUUUUUUUUGGGGGGGGGGGGGGGCGAGGAACAAGGAUAUCAACUCGAAAUCACGUCUCUACCAAAGAUCUACCGAAUCAAUAAAGAUCAACGAAUGAGAAAGUUCGACCUAAGGACCGGGGAAUCGGCGCAGCGAUCGAAAUUAAUACCCCCUCCCUCCCCGCCGAUUGCCUCGCCAAAUCAACACCGGUAGUCAAUCCACGCACCCCGGGAGCAUCGGGAGGGACGAAAAAUCCGCACGUCGCCGAAGGACCCGAGUUCGAUCGAGAAGGGGAAAGGCCGAAAGGGGGCAACCGCGGUGGGUAGGGAGCGCUUCUUCCUUUCAAUUGGGUGAAUAGGGUCCACGGUCCACCCUCCGGUGACUUAUGUGAUUAUCAGCGUCCCUGCCAAGUGGGGCAGCCGAGCAAGCAAGCCCACUUCAGGCGAGUCCAUGAGGACCAUGACCACGAGGCGGACCAGCCCAAGCCCAUGAACGCGAAAACAAACCCUAGCCACGAGGUCGGCAGUCGGCUCCUCGACCGGACGACGUGGCUGCGAAUCUGCAGGAGGAGGAAGAGGUGAAAUGGUGAAGGCCGCGACGUGGCUCCUCGAUCGGCUCCUCUACGUACUCAAGCAGGACAAGGGCAACGACGCCAACACCGCGCGUGACCGACGGCGAAGGAGGCGUGCUCCGGCCGGUGGCGCCGCCAACGCCGUUGGAAACGAUGAUGGCGAGGAGCAGCACCUCAACACCUUUCUCGACGCUGCGAAUGCGUCGUCCGCCUCCUCAAGGGUGCAGUUCAGGAAUAUGGCGUCGCGCGCGCGGUGGGUGGAGGAAGCCGGCGCUGCGGAGGUGGUGGAGAACAGGGGCAAGCUGUGGCUGACCACCGGUGUCACUCGGGCCGGCAAGCUGUACUACAACGUUGAGGAGACCGGGUUCUUGGCCGAAAUGGGUGCCUUGAUUCUUCUCAAUGAUAAGGAUGAGACGAUAGGAAUUGAAGAUAUCUAUGGGAAGCUUGCUGGAGGAAAUUAUGGGUGCUCCUGGGAUACCUUCCAGGCAUAUAAGCACUUGAAAUCACUUGGAUAUAUUGUUGGAAGAUUUGGUGUUCCCUGGACAAUGAAGCAUGGUGGUACUCAUCACACCAUUGCUCCCCAGAUCAAUAUACUUGAGACUGAUCAGAGCUUAAAUAGAGUUGACGGAGCCUCCAAUGACAUAACCAAAUUGCUCAAGGAAAUACAGAUUGACGGGAUAUGUCCAUCUUUUGAAGUUUAUCUGCCAAAUAGCAAGUUCAAAAAGUCAUCCCCAGGGUGCCCUAGUUUCCUCUUAUGUCUAUUAAGGGGUAAACCGCCCUCAAGGGUUGAAUUGGAAGCAGUGGAAAAUAAUUUCAGAGGCAUUCCUCUGAAGUAUGCUCAUGUGGAUAAUGGACGGGUCAGCUUUCUCUCCUUUGAUGAAGUUACACUCCCCAGCUUGCCCUGAUGGGUAGCAGCAGAACAUGUGAAGUGAUAAAUAGUGUGUUUGGUUUGAGGAAUGAAGUGAUCCAUCUUCUUCUCACUCCUCACUUUUUUAUUUGGUUUGUGGAAUAGAAUGGGUUGAUCUAUCAUCACUCCAUUUCUCAUAAGCUAAUAAUUAGUAUAUACAUGAUGAGUGGGUUGAUUCCACCAAAAUUGAUGGAAUGAACUUAUGAUGCAUCAUCUCAUGAAACAUAGAGUGACUCCAUAAACCAAACGCACCAAAAGGGUCUGAGCUUCAGAACAAUCUUGUCAGAAAUGAUAAAGGGUCUCAGCUUCAGAACAGUGUCUUGAGAUGCAUUCGCCGCAAGCGCAGGGGGGGCAAAGUAUUUCAGUACUAACUUUUGAACAUACUAAAGUAUGGAAUUCCCUGGAGUCUCACAAUCCAGCGAUCUGUUGUACACUCCAGAUUGUAUGUUGGAAGGAGAAAUCAUGUCUAGUCUUCUUGUUCGUCUCU